AUGUCAGCAAACGACUCUUCUCCCCCAUCCUUACAGAAGUUUUCCCCACCUACCUGUCAUGCUGCUGCACCACAGACCCCAACUUUGUCUUCAAGUCCCCAGUCGGGGCUCUCCAGCCGACUCUCUAAUGGCAGUUUCAGCACCCAGAGCCUCACCAACUCCCGGGGCUCUAUGCACGGGGUCUCCUUCCUUCUGCAGAUCGGUCUCACGCGGGAGACUGUCACCAUUGAAGCUCAGGACCUGUCCCUCUCUGCUGUCAAAGACCUCGUGUGCUCGAUAGUUUACCAGAAGUUCCCAGAGUGUGGUUUCUUUGGCAUGUAUGACAAAAUUCUCCUCUUCCGUCACGACCUGAACUCAGAUAAUAUUUUGCAACGAAUUACAUCAGCAGAAGAAAUACAUGAGGGAGAUCUUGUUGAGGUUGUACUCUCUGCUUUGGCUACAGUUGAAGAUUUCCAGAUUCGUCCUCAUGCACUUUAUGUGCAUUCCUACAAGGCUCCUACUUUUUGUGACUACUGUGGAGAGAUGCUCUGGGGUUUGGUACGACAAGGAUUAAAAUGUGAAGGUUGUGGGUUAAACUACCAUAAGCGAUGUGCCUUCAAGAUUCCAAAUAACUGCAGUGGAGUGAGAAAGAGGCGUCUGUCUAAUGUGUCUUUACCAGGAGCAGGGCUUUCAGUUCCAAGACCAGCACAAGCUGAACACACAUCCUCUGCCUCUGAAGAAAGUCGCUGCUGCCCAGAACCUAGUAAGAGAAUUCCCUCCUGGAGUGGCCGUCCCAUCUGGAUGGAGAAGAUGGUGCUUUGCAGAGUGAAGGUUCCACACACCUUUGCUGUUCACUCUUACACCCGUCCCACCAUAUGCCAGUACUGCAAGCGGCUGCUCAAGGGCCUGUUUCGCCAAGGGAUGCAGUGUAAAGAUUGCAGAUUCAACUGUCACAAACGCUGUGCAUCUAAAGUACCUAGAGACUGUCUUGGAGAGGUGAUUUUCAAUGGAGAACCUGCUAGCCCAGGCCAGGACUUGGACAUGCCAAUGGAAGUUGACAGCAGUGAAAUGAGCAGUGAUGGUAGUCGAGGUCUAGAUGACACUGAAGAGCCUUCUCCUCCAGAGGACAAAAUCUUUUUUAUGGAUCCAUCUGACCUUGAUGCAGAUAAAGAUGAGGAAGCUGUCAAAACCAUCAGUCCUUCAACAAGCAAUAACAUUCCUCUCAUGAGAGUUGUACAGUCGAUCAAGCACACAAAGAGGAAGAGUAGUACUAUGGUGAAGGAAGGAUGGAUGGUCCACUAUACUAGUAGAGACAAUCUGAGAAAAAGACAUUACUGGAGACUGGACAGUAAAUGCCUCACAUUAUUUCAAAAUGAAUCUGGAACAAAAUAUUACAAGGAGAUUCCGCUUUCAGAAAUUCUCCAGGUGACUCAGCCUCGAGAUUUUUCGCACGUGGUGCAGGGCAGCAACCCCUACUGCUUUGAGAUCAUCACUGACACGAUGGUGUACUUUGUUGGCGAGAACAAUGGCAGCAGUCACCACAGUCCUGUUCUGGCUGCCAGCGGAGUCGGGCUGGACGUAGCUCAGGGCUGGGAGAAAGCCAUCCGUCAGGCCUUGAUGCCAGUCACCCCUCAAGCUAGCCUUUGCACUGCUGCAGGACAAGGAAAAGACCACAAAGAGUUAUCUCUAAGCAUCUCUGUUUCAAAUUGCCAAGUCCAGGAGAAUGUGGAUAUCAGUUCUGUGUACCAAAUAUUUGCUGAUGAAGUGCUGGGUUCUGGUCAGUUUGGUAUUGUAUAUGGGGGAAAACACAGGAAGACUGGAAGAGAUGUGGCUAUCAAAGUCAUUGACAAGAUGAGAUUUCCAACUAAACAGGAAAGUCAGCUUCGUAACGAAGUGGCCAUUCUCCAGAACUUGCACCACCCGGGGAUUGUGAACCUGGAAUGUAUGUUUGAAACCCCGGAACGGGUCUUUGUUGUGAUGGAAAAGCUGCAUGGGGAUAUGCUAGAGAUGAUUCUUUCCAGUGAGAAAAGUCGACUUCCAGAACGAAUAACUAAGUUCAUGGUCACUCAGAUACUUGUUGCUUUGAGGAAUUUACACUUCAAGAAUAUUGUGCACUGUGAUUUAAAACCAGAAAACGUACUACUAGCAUCAGCAGAGCCAUUCCCUCAAGUGAAACUGUGUGAUUUUGGCUUUGCCCGUAUCAUUGGUGAAAAAUCUUUCAGACGUUCUGUGGUGGGGACACCUGCUUACCUUGCUCCUGAGGUGCUCAGGAGUAAAGGCUACAACCGCUCCCUGGACAUGUGGUCGGUGGGAGUUAUUGUCUAUGUGAGCCUCAGUGGUACAUUCCCCUUUAACGAGGAUGAGGAUAUAAACGACCAGAUUCAGAACGCAGCGUUUAUGUACCCACCAAAUCCUUGGAAGGAGAUUUCUAGUGAAGCCAUUGAUUUAAUAAACAAUUUGCUUCAAGUGAAGAUGAGGAAACGUUUCAGUGUUGACAAAUCCCUUAGUCACCCGUGGUUACAGGAUUAUCAGACCUGGCUUGACCUCAGAGAAUUCGAAACGCGCAUCGGUGAGCGUUACAUCACUCACGAGAGCGACGACGCGCGCUGGAAAGAGCACGCCUGUGAGCACAACCUCGAGUACCCCCAGCAUUUUAUUAUGGCUCCUAAUCCAGAUGACAUGGAAGAAGACCCUUGAUUUAUUUGUUACAGUAGAUUGCAGCAAAGAAGGAUGCUCCAAACAGAAACUGAAGCGAAGCUUUGGAACAAUUGUUGCUCUUUCUGAAUGCUGCACUCGCGGUUCAGUGUACAAAGCCCCAG